AUGGCGAAACUCAAGGCACAUGAAGAACUCUCCACUAAUGCGAAUACUAUCAAAGCUCGCAACUGCGUCUCCAACCUUACUGAAGAUGAGAAGGCUGUUCACUUAGCACUCAAGGCUGACCAUGCUGAUCUGAGCUACUACUUAAAGAAGUUAUAUAAGUCUGCAAAGUACAAGACACGUCUACAGAAUGAAUUGAAGGUUGAGCGUAUUUGUGUUCGGACUGAGAAGGGUACCCAUGCAUCUUGCAUUGCGAAUCAGAAAGUCAAGAAUAUUAGCGCCUCUUCUUCUCCACAAGCCCCACCAUCUACUCCGCCCAAACAACUUCUGUCUGAGCUUGCUGCAUUUGAGGGUAUCUCAACGCGAGAUAUUUUAAAUGACGAGGCUGUUCUACCAGAUGAGCUUUCUGAUGAAGAGAUCACUAGCACCCAGGCUCUCUUAACUCAAGCGCACAUUGAUGCCCAUGAAGAGUCCAAUUUCCGCAAGUGGCAACAUUUCUGGGAUAGCUGUAUCCACUCAUAUACGAGAAAGGCUGGAAAGCUGAGAAAGAAGCCUGAGCAUCUCUUUGAGUAUAUGCCGUGGAUUGAUGUAGAGGAAGGCUUCAAAGAGGCGUUCUUACUUGUCUACUCUAAGAAGUUUGAUAAGGAAAAGUGGGCUAAGGUAUCAGCUGCACAGGAUAUGUUGUUCCUGGAGCUAGAGUAG